CCGCCAAUGAGUGCACAGGGAUCAGCCCCGGCCAGGGCUGGAUAAGGCCCGGAAAUCCCAGUUAACCCAGUGGGAGCGAGGCUGUGGUGCUGGGUGAGAUGCGGGGCAAGGACGACGAGUACGAUUACCUCUUCAAAGUUGUGCUCAUCGGGGACUCUGGGGUGGGGAAGAGCAACCUCCUCUCCCGCUUCACCCGCAAUGAGUUCAACUUGGAGAGCAAGAGUACCAUCGGGGUGGAGUUCGCUACGAGGAGCAUUCAAGUGGACAACAAGACCGUGAAGGCUCAGAUCUGGGACACAGCCGGGCAGGAGCGAUACCGGGCCAUCACCUCAGCAUACUACCGGGGAGCAGUAGGAGCUCUGCUCGUCUACGACAUCGCUAAAUACCUAACCUAUGAGAACGCCGAGCGCUGGCUGAAGGAGCUGCAGGAUCACGCUGAUGCCAACAUCGUCAUCAUGCUGGUGGGCAACAAGAGUGACCUGCGGCACCUGCGGGCCGUGCCCACCGAUGAGGCCAGGAGCUUUGCAGAGAAGAACGGGCUGUCCUUCCUUGAGACAUCUGCUCUGGAUUCCACCAACGUGGAGACAGCUUUCCACAACAUCCUCUCAGAGAUCUACCGCAUCGUGUCACAGAGGCAGAUCAGUGGGCAGCCGGAGUCGGAGUUUGGUCCCACUACCACCAUCGAGCCCAUUCGGGUGCUGCCCACGCAGCAGGAGAGCAGGCAGGCACCGUGCUGCCAGAACAUCUGAGCCCUUCGGGGUGUCCCCUGCGCCCCGAUAACCCUCAGCCCGCGGUGGCAUCGCCUUUCUCACCCUCUACCUCUGCUCGCUGCAGCCCCCGGGACGGGGCUGCUUCUGCACCGCUGCUCUUGCGUGCGCUCCAUGGGUUUCUGUAGGACCUACACAAAUUGGGGGGUGGGGUGGGAAAGCAUCAGAGUCUCCCCUUUCUCUCGGCACGGUUCGGGGUGUGCCAGCCUCCCGUGUCCCUGCUUCCUCCAGCCCUGAAGGCGCAGUCACCGGGUGACUCGGGGUGGCACCGGCCAAGCCCAAACGCCGCGACUCCCUUGUUUGAUGCCGUGUUUUUGCAGCACCCUUGGGUGCAGCCCUUCGCGAUGGGGUGGGGGACACUGGUUGCACCCUUCUCUUGCCCAGUCGGUUGCACCCAACCCCUUGAAGGGUUGGGUGUGCCUGUGGGUGCUGCUGGGACACCCCAGUGUGGAGUGACUCCCUGUUUGUGCCUCCAAGGACCUUGUUUUCCACGCUCUGAGCACCCUGAGGUCUCCCUGUGGCACAGCUCCAGCAGAGGGGCCGGAGCAGGGACCUGGGGGGCCUUUGGGAGAGCCCCAGAGAGGGGACAAUGGGGGGUCCUGGGGUUUUGGUGGGGUGAGGGCAGGGAUGGGAUGCUGAGGGUGGGCACCUGGUCAUUCUCUCUGCCUCUCGGGGUGGGAGGGCAGCGCCGUGGGGACCCUGAGGCUGCUCUGGGGACCUGGAUGACAUGGGAUGGAGCGGUUGCUGCACCCAAGGGUGACAGUAGCCCCAUCCCACUGCCCCAGGAGGACCUCCCAGGGUGGGCACAUCCCAGUUGCUGAGACACACUGGGCUGAGCCCAGUGCCUCAGUCCAGGGGUGAUGGGCAGGUGUCGAUGGAGGGGUGCAGGCGCCGUGGGGACCUGUCCCUUCCCAUGAACCCCAGUGCCUGGAGCUCAUUCCCCCAUCACAGCACUGGGUUUGGGGGUGCUCUGGAUCUCCAUACCUCCCUCUGGUCACCCCAUCACACUUGGCUGUGCCGGGGUCUUGCGAUUUAUCGAUGAAAGAGGAAUUUGGGCAUAACCUCCAAAUAAAGUCGCUGCUGGAGGCUGGUUUAUCUGCUCCUCCUUCCUUGAGGCAGGAACUGCAUCAGCUCCAGCCUCACCCCUCUGCCCGCUUGGAUGUGGAACAGCAUCCCCAAAGCACGAAGGGCGUGAGAAGGGAGGAGGAGGAGGAGGAGGGACAGGGAGGAAGGUGCGAUAGUCGCCUGCGCAAAGGGGGCAUCUCACAGGGAGGUGGGAGAGGAGAGACUGGAGUAAAGGCUCGGAGGGACAGGUUGGAUCCUGCUGCCGUGGCACUGGAACAGCACGAGGGUGCAAAAUUGGCCGUGCCACAUGGGGACCAGCUCCAGCUGGACUCUUAGAAUCAUGGAAUGGUUUGGGUUGGAAGGGACCUCAAAGCCCAUCCAGUGCCACCCCUGCCACAGGCAGGGACACCUCCCACUGGCUCAGGGGCUCCAAAGCCCCAUCCAACCUGGCCUGGAACCCCUCCAGGGAUGGGGCAGCCACCACUGCUCUGGGCACCCUGGGCCAGGGCCUCCCCACCCUCACAGCAAAAUAUUUCUUCCUAAGAUCUCAUCUCAGUCUCCCCUUUUUCAGCUCAAAACCAUUCAUCCCUGGCCAACAUCCCUGGAGGCUGUCCCUAGGCAAGUGACAGUCAUUUUACCCCCAGCUGGGCUCAACCCUUUGCCCACACCAGCUGGGAGAGACCUGGGAAUGCACAGUCCAGCUGGAAUCGCCAAGCGCCAACCCCUCCCGCGGCACCAUCUGCCCGUGCCCAAACCUGGUGCCAAGAGGUGACGCCAGCCCCACCACCAGGAAAGGUGGGUGCCAGGGGGAAGGAUCCGGCUCCCGGCUCCGCAGAGGGACAGGGGUUGAGUCAAGAGUCCCUCAGGGCUUGCUGCCGUCAGCUGUGCCAUCCAGCCAGGCGCUGGCACGUGCGGGAUGAUGGGUUCAUUUUGAGACGCUUUCGGGCUCGGCAGCUCAGUUUUGAUCCAGGUUUUCCAGCUUUUCAUAAAAUCAUAGAAUCACCAGGUUGGAAAAGACCUCUUGGAUCAUCGAGUCCAACCAUUCCCAUCUGACACUAAACCAUGUUCCUGAGCACCUCGUCUACCCGUCUUUUAAACACCUCCAGGGAUGGGGACUCCACCACCUCCCCGGGCAGCCUCUGCCAGGGUCUCAUGACCCUUCCAGUGAAGAACUUCUUCCUGAUGUCGAGUCUGACCCUCCCCUGGCGCAGUUUGAGGCCGUUCCCCCUUGUCCUAUCACCUUGGGAGAAGAGCUCAGCUCCCUCCUCUCUACACUCUCCUUUCAGGCAGCUGUAGAGCAAUAAGGUCUCCCCUCAGCCUCCUCUUCUCAGGGCUGAACACCCCCAGGUCCCUCAGCCGCUCCUCGUCAGACUCGUUCUCCAGCCCCUUCCCCAGCUUCGUUGCUCUUCUCUGGACACACUCCAGAGCCUCAACAUCCUCCUUGGAGUGAAUUGAACCCAGGAUUCGAGGUGCGGCCUCACCAGUGCCGAGUCCAGGGGCAGAAUCCCCUCCCUGGCCCUGCUGGCCACGCUGUUUCUGAUCCAAGCCGAGAUGCCAUCGGCCUUCUUGGCCCCCUGGGCCACCGCUGGCUCAUGGUCACUCAACCAACACCCCCAGGUCCUUCUUUUACAUGGUUUCAGCUGGAAUGAAGUAGUGGGAAGAGUAAAACCAGGCUCAGGUUUGCACCCAAGGCCCAGAACUGACACCAGGACCGGGUGGGAGAGAAGGCGGUAACCUUGCAAAUUAAACUCCUUUGCACUAAUUAACCCUUAAUUUAGUGUUCCUAAAGGCAAGAAACUCAGCAGGAGCCCCGGGAGAGGUGGCAGAAGGAGGUUACGGCCUCACCACCCCAUCCCAGCCGGGGUCCCGCGCCCAACCACCCUCUUACAGCGCAAAAAAGAGAGAAACCAAGAGCAGCCACCGAGUUUCUUAAGUAAUAAUACUUUAAUAAAAUUAAGUUCUUAAUGUAAUUUAGCACAUUUAAUACAUUAACCCUUUCCCUUCUUUGUUUUCUACAAGUUGUGCAACAUCAUUAUUUUAAUUUUUUAUUUUAUUUUAACGUUUUUUUUACCUUCUCCCCUUAUACUAUAUGCCUCAAAACUCAGACAACGAGCCUAACUCUACUUCUAUUUUCGGUUAUAUCUCUCUCUCAGGCUUUUAUUUCUUUUUUUUUGUUUUUUUUUUUGCGUAACGCCGGAGAGAUGAAAAAAUACCUGGGAUGGAACAUGUGAUCGGUUUCCAAUAGUAACAAUCCCGACUACAGGUUUCCUAUGACGUUAAAAGGAAAAAAAAACCGAGAGAAAUAUAAAAGCAAAAAAAAAAAAUCAAAAGCAAACACAACAUAAGAGGGAAUGGAUUUGAAAUGGAAGGGCUACACAAGGCAGGGCGAACGCCGGGCACCGUUUGGCCGGCUGGCUCAGCGCGAGAGGUUGGUAGAACCGUGGAGGAGAACCGUGUGUGCCUGCACCCGGAGCCGGGGGAAAGCGGAUACACACCAACUUGUACAGUGUUUUCUUUUUUGGAGCGAAGAUGAGAGCGAGCGAAGGUGGUUAUUGGUCAAGCAAAAGCCACGAAGGGCUGACAGAGCGCUGCGUUUGCCUUGGAAGCCGUCAAGAUGAUGAUUCCCGCUGGCUUGGCUUUUGGUUGAGCUCACGGCUUCCAAAUCCCACCGGAGAUGCUUUGCCAGGGUCCCGACGGCACAGGGCUGCAGUCUGGAUCUCUUUGAUACCACGGCAGAGCCGCAGGAAAGCCUCCGCAGCCCCGAAGGCUCCCAACCGUGCAGCUGGACGCCCGGGGGCUGCUCUGGGCAUCCCUGGGGACGUCCUUGGUUCGCCCGGCGCUGGGAUCGGAGUCAGCUCCGCAGCACGAACAGCCUCUGCCGCAACCCCACCUCCAACAGAUCCGGUUUGGGAUCCCCCAGCGCUCAUGCCCACAGCCUUUCAUGCUCGUUCAACGCUGCUUUUAACCCAGGACAACAAGAAAACAGGUGUUUACCCCUGGUUUUGUACUUUUUUUUUUCUUUUCCCUUUUUUUUACAAUUAUUUUGAACAGAAUUCAUAAGAAAAAAGGGAAAAAAAAAGUGCUGAUGGUUUCCCAAAGCAGCCAGCGACCGGGUUUCAUCAUCCCAGCUCCGGGGAGCCAAGAGAAGAUCUCCGUGGCCACGCACGCUGCUCUGCUCGCCGCUCCGUUUCUCUGCAAGUUAUCUCAAAAACAUCAUCGCAAGAUCAGAAAACACACCCUGCCGUCAGCUGCCUGCGGCCACCGGUGGAGGGUGACUUCAGUUUUUUAAUCCCUAGGAGGACACCAGUGGAAAAACUCCAGAUUUUCCAUCAGUGUCACUUUACUGGGGAAGGGGGUGACUUUCAAUUUGCUCCAUUAGCAGCCUCGAAGCGAUGCUGGAGUGGAUCCAGCAGCAACGCCGCAGCCUGCCAGGGCUAAACCAACUUCAGAUUCCAGUAGAGUAACCCCAUUGACACGGGUGAGCUCCACCAGGAGCUGCCCGACCUCCACCAUCUCCAGCGUGGACAAAAGUGAAGCCCAGCGCUCGUGGCUGAAUGUUCCACCAGGUCAACCGACGGCAGAAUGAGCUUUGAGUUUCUACAGUAUGUGAAAACCCACAAGACAAUACAGAUUGUUCCCUAAUAUCCUAGAAAGGUUUAUUUUUUUGGAAGAACCAACCCAUCCUGGCUCUGCUCCUGCCCGUGCUGACACCAAGGAAACCUUGGCAGAGGCAGGAUGGGACUCCACUAUCAGUAUCCAAGUGACUAUAAAGUGCAUCCACUCUCCAGUCCAGGGCAUCACUGUCCAAUGUCAACCACUGACUCUUCUUCAAGUAUCAAAAAAACCAAAGAAAAAAAUAAAUGAGGUAAAACAAAAAUGAAAGAGCAAACAGCCGCCUUCGCCACCCCUGCAAAGGGAAGGACCAGGCGCUCGAUUCCACCAAGCACGAACCCCCCUCCGAAAGCGCAGGAGACGUCGUGCCCUGCUUUUCCGAAAGCGGGAAGGCUCUCGGGGAGUGAUCGCUGAUUCACAGUGCUAUAACGCAGAAACCGAAUGAGAACUGUCUUCGUUUCCUGUCCUAACCUAUUGCAUGGCUUUGCUGAAGGAAUGCUGGUAAAGCGACCGCCUCCACCCGCCCCGAAAGCAGAUGAGCGAGGGGCGGCCGCUGUGUUUCUCAAAGGCUUUGGGAUCCCUGUGGAUGUUCCUGAAGUGCAGGACAUCCCUGGGUUCGCUACGGCUGAGCCACGCCACGGAGGAGAGGAGCAACAGCUAAACCCAGAGGUAAAACCACCUUUCAAGAGUGUUUGCUUUGCAACGCUCUGUUUCUCUAAGAAUAACGGAGUUGACGCGAAGGUCAUUUCUUUUUGAGUUAUAGAGUGUAAACGGUGAUUUUGGUGCAGUGAAAAGCUUUGGAGAGAUGUGCUGGCCUGGCUUUGGGAUGUAAAGAGCAGGGUUUACGCCACUGACUGGGGGCAUGGGAUGUCUCCUGCCCCCAAAGCGGCUCUGCCCUCAGCAGAGAAGCUCUUCUCAGUGCGAACAGAGCUCAGUUCACUCCUUUCAGCAUCACAAGGACUCAAGUCUACCUGUAGAACCCAACGCACAGCACGGUCUCCUCGUAGAUAGACUCAUAGAAUAGUUUGGGUUGGAAGGGACCUUAAAGAUCAUCCAGUUCCAACCCCUCUGCCAUGGGCAGGGACACCUCCCUCUGGCUCAGGCUGCCCAAGAGCCCAUCCAACCUGGUCUUCAACACCUCCAGGGAUGGGGCAGCCACAGCUUCCCUGGACAACCUGUUCCAGUGUCUCACCACUCUCAUGGUAGUGAGAUGAAAACCAGGCUCUUGGCACGGAUGUCACCAUCCCAAGAGCAGGAUGGGACCGUGACACGAGGCAGACAACGCUGCGGGUUCAGGGAUGCUCUGGUCCAGCACUGCCGUGGGAAGAACCUUCCAGCAGAGCCGGCUGCAAACACUGCACCCGCAGCACUCGAAUCCAAGGAUUUGAGGCUGAACAAUUGCUCCAGCACGAAAAAAAACCACUCGCCGAGCUAAAUCCAGCAUCCCCAAAGACGCCGGUCGCUACACAAGAGUGCACAUUGUCUCCCCGGUGCGAUUCCUCACCAGGUUGAGAGAGAACCAACAAAAUACCGAAACCGCAAAGGGAACGAACCAACCUGAAGGUCCUGGGUCUCCUGCCCGGCUCCGAGAGCAGAAAGCCGAACUUACGGACAUGCCGGAGGAGCCCCACGCCCCAGCACCUCGCUGCCUUCCAGCUCUGUCACCUUAAAGAGGGGACUCGAGCCAAUUGUCCUUUCUUAUCCCACCCAGCUCUGGGCCCAUCAGCCCAUCCUGAGGACCUUCCAACACCUUUGGGGGGUGGAGUUCCAAAAGCAAAACCAACACGAGCAAAAUAACGGCAACUUUGAACUUAACUCAGAAAUUUCACCCUCCAAGCACGCGGCUGGAGGUCAGAAUAAGGCAAAAAUAACGGCCUAAAACCUAAUUUUUUUUGUUCCGUGAGUAGCCAAAUCUUUGUAGUUUUAUUAAACAAAGCAACGUAAACCCCCAAAUCUUUUAAAAAAUACAUAUUAUCAGAUCCUUUUUCUUCCCACCCUCCCGCCUAUAAAAAUAACUUCAAGACUUUGACUGCAGAAGGUAUCAGGCGCUGGGCUGUCGGUUCGUUAGGCUUUCGUUCGUUUUUCUUUGUUCGCUGCAGAAAAAAUAGGACCCCCCCAAAAAAAAAAAAAAAAAAAAAAGAUGGAAUUUCUGGGGAUGUUAAAAACUGAUCCUGUUUCCAAGUUUAUUUUACAUUCCGCUCUGUCUGGGAUCACUUGGCUCUACUAUAGAUUAAACAAUAUGGAUAGCAUCUACUAUUUGAACUAGUUAAUUUUAUUUUUAAUCUUUACUCUAGGAUUAUAUGAAAUAAAUUUGAAUGUUUAUUAUUAUUAUUAUUAACUUUUUUUCUUAAUACCCAUCAACUUUUCUUUUUUUUCUUCUUCUCCUUUUUUGGUUAAAAACAAACAAACAAACAAACAAAAGUCUUCUUUUCAAAUGCUUCUUUGAAAGGCAACAGAGCAGAAGCGCCUCCCGUCUUCCUGCUGCUUUGGGAAGGGGUGGAGGAACGGGACCCUCGGGCUCUCCAGCUCCAGGUUGCUCAGGACCAAGAUCUUGUGGGAUUCAGGGAUCGGGUUGAGGCUAAGCACACGCUCAAGUGCUCUCCUGGAUUAAAGCAUGGGCUUUGCAAGCUCCUCCAGUUGGAAAGGGGACACUGCUCAUUCCAGGUUGUCCCAAGCCAAGCCCACGCUGGCUCGUUGGGAGCGGAAAGGGCUUUAUGGAUCUAGGAGAGAGCAAAGCUGGCCAGGAGCUCUUGGAUCCUGUCACAUCCUUGGCUGCUUGGAGCACCAGGUACAAGCCCAAAGCUGCUGCAGCGGAGCGCCAAGCCUUCAGCUCCAAAAGGACAACGCUGAAUGAGUCCCUCACAAGCCCUCAGCUUCAAAAAGGUGAUGGUGAACCAGUCCCUCAGCUCCAAAAGGACAAUGCUGAACCAGUCCCUCAGCUCCAAACGAAUGAUGGUCCACCAGUCCCUUCACAAGCCCUCAGCUCCAAAAGGACGAUGGUCCACCAGUCCCUCACAAGCCCUCAGCUCCAAACAAAUGAUGGGAAGGUCAAACUUGGUCUGAAUGCUGGGACAAAAGAUUCCCAUCCCCGCAGCCUGCUCAGCCACAGAAAGACACGGAGCCAACGCUGAAAGGCAGGCAACGGACGGCAACCACCCAUGGUGUCCCCAGAGCAGCCCUGCCAGCACGUUCUCAGCUUGGGGAGGUCCGAGCUGGCAGCGGCUGCCGAUCCCUCCUGGCAAGACCAUAAAUCCUCUCGCCUUCGACAUGAAAGAGUUUUCUACAGGGCUCUCCGAAACCCUGCUGGGAACGGAAUCAAUGGCAAAGCUCCCUGGGAUGAGACAGGGUUGAAGGGUUGGCAAGAAAAACGAGGGCUGGAGAGGCGAGGAACGCAAGCUCAACUUCUCAAGAGCGCCCAACCUCUUCCCAAGCUGCCCCAAAGCCCACGGUGAGAGCAAAUCACGGGCAGUGGGAGCAACAGGAGCUCAUGAGAUGCUCGGAAGGUUCCCCAUCCAGGUCCUCGAAGCCCUCAAAACCACCUCAGCACACCCAGACCCGGAGCCUUUCCAAAGGGAUUGGCGAGACAGAGCAACCCCAAGACGGGGGGGUUGAGUCUUAGUGGUUUUCUCUUCUAUUUCUCUGGGUUUUAAUUACCUUAUUCUAUUUCUUUCUUUUAUUUGUCUUAAAUACAUCCAACUGUGUUAAUUCCUUAUUUCUGGAAAGGGCUAUCUGCACCAUAACUAUCACCUUUUACAUACACACACGCACACACAAAAAAGGAAACAUAUAUUAAAAACACUUUUUAAGCAAUACUCUGGAUACAAAUGUAUUUUUUAACCUACAUAUAUUCUAAACCUUCUAAACUUUUAAGGAUCACUUUAUCAUAAAAUAAAAUAUCCUUUUUUCUUAUAAUAAAUUACCUAAUAAAAAGUAUUUUUAUUAGCCCAGUUCCUUGCUACAUUUACAUGUAAUAAAUGCAUUUAUUAAAAUAGAAUAUUAAAUUAUAAAGAAAUGUUCUAAUUUUAAAAUCUUAAGUCUUUUUUUCCCUCCUCUCUCUCUCUUUAAAAAACACCAGUAAAUGCAUCAAAAUAAACCCUUCAAAUAGCAAAGAAACAGGUUGGAGCGUUUGGAUUUCAGAGGUUCACAAUAUUUAACAGUCUGAGCCUUUGUACGUAUGGAGAUUAUUUCUUUUUUUUUUUUUUAUAAGAAAGAAAGAAAAGAGAAAAAAAAUAAUAGAUAUCCCUCCAGCUGAAAAAUAUUUUUGGAAAUGGGAGCUAGAACAAGAUAUUUUUAUAGUAUCUCCUCAUUAAAUAUAAAUCCAAUUUUGGUUCUUCUUUUUUCUUUCGUUCUGUAUUAUAAUACACACUAUUCUCUAUAUAAUUUAUGUCGAUGAGGAUGACAUCACAGCAUGAUAUUACUUUCGCCCUCUGUUUCCCUUUGUUCUGGUUGGUCGCCCUCUCCCCAAGCAUCGUCCCUUCUCCAGGAGUCCUCGUCCCACCACGGCAAACGCCGAUCGGAGCCAGCGGGAUGUGGGGAGAGGCGAAGGCAUCGCCCCACAACUGCCCAACACCCCACAGCCACCUUCAUCCCAUCUCCACACAGCGCCGAGCCCGGGGAGAUGGUGCUCCCAAAGCUCCGAUGCCUUCAUGGAGGUCCCAUCCACAAGGCUGCAGGUUCGGCAAAGCACCUGCUCCUUGGGUUUGGAGUCAACAGCCAUUUGGCAAAGCACAUACGUAAAUCCCAGCGCGGCGCUGAGCCGGGGCGUUGGGCACCAAGUCCAUCCCAUCCUUAAGGGUCUGAGCCUGCUUGGACCUGGAAGUCUCCUGCUAAGAUCUCAGCACCUUCCAAUGCAGCUACGCUUCGAGUCUCACCCAGAAGUUUGGGGACCUGCCCUCUGUCCCACCGCUCGCGCCCUUGGA